CCUCUCCUUUCUCACAAUCCUCAAUUGACAAUAUGCCGCCCUAUCAAAAAGAGAAAAAGCACCAAUGUGCUAUUUGCAAGGAACGAUUUAGUACCAAACUGGGUCAGAGGGAACAUAGGCGCGCAAAACACCUUGAUGAGGUUUCUAUUCAACCAACUGGCGCCGCAGGACUUGUACAUCCUCUUCCGGUUGUUACCCAGCCAGCCAGGGCCGCCGAACCUAUUCGCCCACGUCCGUUGGUAGCUCAUCUGCCAAUCAGAGUCAAAAGACCUGAAUCCCCCGAGCUGCUCGUGACACAGCCAGCCAGGGCUGCCAAACCUACUACGCCUAUGCACACCAUAUACAGGGGCAACAUGUACUCGCCAGCAGUCGGACGAAAUGCUGUCUGGAACCAAAUCUCGAAUCUCUGUCACCCAGAGGAGAGACUCCGAAGGGAGGGAUAUACUCUACCGACUACAAAGAUCAAUGGCACACGCGGUUCAUCCAGCAUGGCGUCGACAAUUGAUCCACCCUGUCCUAAUAAGAUCAAAUCCAAACCAAAGUAUGCCGCUCUCGUCAUAGACUGCGAGAUGGGCGGUACCGAAGGAGGCGAAAAUGAACUGAUUCAGAUCACUAUUCUCGACUUCCUGACUGGCAACGUGUUGCUAAGCCGCCGGCUUGUGAACCCAACAAGACCCAUUCUAGACUGGCGUGAAAACGUCACCGGUCUAAACGCGACCAAGAUGUCCGCAGCUCUCUUACGAAAUGAAGCUCUAAACGGCUGGGAGGCCGCACGCGCUGAACUAUGGCGCUACUCUGACAAGGACACGAUUCUCAUCGGACAGUCAGUCCACAACGACUUGCGGGUGCUGCAUACCUCUCAUGCGAGAAUCAUUGAUUCCGCCAUCAUCACUGCAGAUGCCGUCCUCGGGGCGGAAUCAAAGAUUACGAAGAGGUGGGGCUUGGAGGCGCUGUGCAAAGAGCUCCUCGGCAUCCAGAUUCGUUCUCCGAUCUGGGCGGCUGACGGCGUAGCACACGAUAAUUUGGAGGAUUGUCUGGCGACCAGGGAAUUAGUACUAUACUGCGCCCAGAAUACGGAUCAGCUGAAGAGAUGGGCUCAAAGAACGAGAAUAUCCUUCUUGAAGAUGAAGACGAAGAAAAACAAGAAGAAUAAGGGAAGUAAGCCACGAGCUGUGAAUGCGUCGUCUGGUGGACCCUCCAGGCAAAUCGCAUUUGUGAGAAGUGCAGCGUCCGAGGAUGAAUGGGAGGAUGAAGACGAAAGUCCGUUGAGGUGGGAAGAUGUGGUGGACUGGGAUACAUGGCCGAAGUCGCCGCCAGACUCAGAUUAAACCUGAUAUGCCAGAUCCUACGACUACUUCAUCACCUCCACGAAACAAUUUGUCUAGCAUGAUAAGCUGACUAGGCUAUUAGAAGCAGUAUUCUCGACCUGAACAGCAGGAGGAAGUUUCAAAAGAUAACAGCAGAGAUCUUAUGGAAGUACUUUAGUCAGAUAGUCAUGAUGCAUCAAAUUUAAAUCUAGGCCAUA